UCAACUCUUUCUCUCUCACACAUACACACCAUAAACACACAGUGACGACAACAUUCAGCAGGGCCCUUUCUCUUUCUCUCGCUCUCAAAAAGCCUGCCAUUUUUCCAAAAGUAUUUUCAAAACAGGUCUUUCUACCCCCUCACUACUCCAAAUUUACAAGCAUACCCCUCUCUUCUAGAUUCCUUCAAAGAUCCCCGGUCAACCUCUGUUUUCUCCGGCGACGAUGUUGCCGGACCAUUUUCUCUCUCGGAACUUGAUAUUGCUUGUAGAUAUGUAGUAAACAAUUAUACAUUGAAACAGGUAUAUAGAUACACACAUAUACAAUACAACAUAUAUAUACAUAUAGGUAUACGUACAGAACAGAACAGAGAUAGUGAUGGAUUUGGUUGAAGGAGUCGGUGAGAGUUCUUCGCCGCCUCGGAGUUUUGGAAGUUUUAGCGGUAAUGAAAUAGUGAAUGAUGUGUAUAAUCGGUUAGUGGAGAUUGGCAACGAAGAGGCUAUUAAUCAUCCUGAAUUUCGGGAUCAGUUGGAAGCUCACUUCAACCGGUUUCCUGCGAGUUAUGCUCUGGAUAUCAACUUGGAUAGGGUUGAAGAUGUGCUGCUACAUCAAAAGCUUCUUGUGUUGGCAAAGGAUCUUGUAAAUCGACCUGUCUUUCAUGUUCGUCUUUUAGAGAACUUUUGGACUAGAGCAGAUGUUGAUGACUGUGAGCAACAAGAAUUAACACCAACAGAUGCUAGUGACAGGGAUCAAGAGGUGGGUUUUGAACCUUGCUCUCAACUUGAGGACCUGAAUUUGGAGGUUGGAAAAAAUUCUGCUGAUAAGGAGGAGGAGAACCUAGGAGAGUCUUCCAGAAGAGUGGAUGUUCCAGAUAUGCCAAUUCAUGAAGUCAUAUUUUCUGCUAUCGACAAGCCUAAGCUCCUCAGUCAGCUUUCAGCUUUGCUUUCCGACAUAGAGCUCAACAUCCGUGAAGCACAUGUGUUUUCAACAAUAGAUGGCUAUUCUUUGGAUGUAUUUGUGGUAGAUGGAUGGCCUUUUCAGGAAUCAAUUGCUUUACACGAAGCCAUGGAGAAAGCAAUUUCUAGAAGCGAGGGUUCAUGGUCUGGUUCUUCUUCAGAUUCUAUAUCAGCUGUACAGAAAGCUUUAGCCACUGAAGCCCAUUUUGGAGAUGAUGCAGAAAUAGACAGAGCAUCAUUGAAGAUUGGAGAAAAGAUUGCAUCUGGAUCUUGUGGAGAUUUAUUCCAUGGAGAGUACCUUGGUGAGCAUGUUGCUGUCAAGAUUCUUAGAUCUGAACAUAUAAAUGAUGAAACAUUGGGGAAUGAAUUUGCUCAUGAAGUAGCCAUGCUCAGGGAGGUUCAGCAUGCCAAUGUUGUUGGUUUUAUUGGUGCAUGCAUGAAGAAACCUCCUUUGUGCAUAAUAACAGAAUACAUGCCUGGAGGGAGCCUUUAUGAGUACUUACAUAAAAACCAUAAGAUGUUGAAGCUUUCAGAGAUAGUGAAGUUUGCGAUAGAUGUCUGCAAAGGAAUGGAGUACUUGCACAGCAGCAACAUAAUUCAUAGGGAUCUCAAGACUGCAAAUUUGCUCAUGGACACUCAAAAUGUUGUGAAGGUGGCAGAUUUUGGGGUUGCCCGGUUUCUGAGUCAAGGGGGAGUUAUGACAGCGGAGACUGGAACAUACAGAUGGAUGGCUCCUGAGGUUAUAAAUCAUCAGCAAUAUGAUGAAAAGGCGGAUGUUUUCAGUUUUGCGAUUGUUUUAUGGGAGCUUGUGACAGGCAAGGUUCCUUAUGAGAAGAUGACACCAUUGCAAGCAGCCUUGGGAGUAAGACAGGGGGUUCGACCAGAUGUUCCGAGAGAUACACACCCAGAGCUGAAGGAGUUGAUGCAGAGAUGUUGGGACUUUGAUCCCCGUAACCGCCUUUCCUUCUCUCAAAUCCGACUUCAACUUGAAGGCUUACUCCUGGAAAUUCAGGAUGAAGCCAAAACACCAAAUGGCAUUGGCACCUAGACAUAAGACAUUUGAGUGAGUGGCUACUAAUUUGUAUAUAUGUGGGGGGUUAAUUAGAUCCAUCGUGUUUACAAUCCCACCAGCCUAUAAAUUAUAAACAACUUUACUCUAUACUCUAUACUCUAUAGGAGAGGAGAUGAAACUUAAUUACGUGACCCAAAAUUAGUAAUUAGUGUACAUAAAUAAUGUCAUCAUGUGUUUGUAUAAAAAAAGACCCAGUCAAGCUUUAAACGAGA